CCCCCGCAGCGGUGGAGGAGGAGGCCGCGCCGCAACUCCCUCACGGAGGAGGACGGCAGCCAGGAGUUCUCCACCCGCAGUCGCUUCCUCUACUAUCUCUUCAGCCUGGGCACGGAGCUGGGCAACGAGCUCUUCUACAUCCUUUUCUUCCCCUUCUGCAUCUGGAACGUGGACGCCUGGCUGGGCCGGAGGCUGAUCAUCAUCUGGGUGUGGGUGAUGUACCUGGGGCAGUGCACCAAGGAUGUCAUCCGCUGGCCAUACAGAUGGCUAGAUUUAAACUUGUUGGCACAUGUUGGGGUACAGUCUUUCUAUAUAUGCAAUAUGAGCAAGCGUUACGCAGACCCUGAUCAUAAUGAAUCUGCAUCUCAGGACCUUUUGUUCCGAAAAAUCGUAGUGGAGCAAGAGUGUGAAUUUAAGCAGACGCAGCUAUUACUCUCUGCAGGAACUUUUAUUCUGGAAUACAGCUCUGAUACCCUGAAAGAGGAAGAAAAACGCUUAAAAGACAAAGAGUAUCCCCUUAUGUUUGGACUGAUCCUUGCAUUCUGCUGGUGUUCUUUGGUUUGCUGUAGUCGAAUUUAUAUGGGAAUGCAUUCAAUUUUGGACGUUAUUGCUGGAUUCCUGUAUGCUAUUCUCAUCUUGAUUGUCUUCCAUCCUGUUGUGGACCUGAUUGAUAACUUCAACUUAACUUACAAAUAUGCACCCUUAAUUAUCAUCAGUCUCCAUUUAGCCCUGGGCAUCUUCUCUUUUACUCUGGACACCUGGAGCACAUCACGAGGAGACACAGCUCAGAUACUGGGCUGUGGUGCUGGAGUGGCCUGUGGCUCCCACGUUAACUACAUCAUGGGUCUAAAGCUAGAUCCUUCUCCCCAUACGUUACCUUUGUCUCUUUCCUCUCUCACCGUGACUGUGUUUGGAAAAGCCAUAUUGCGAUUGCUGAUUGGAGUAAUAGUUCUGUUGUUGACGAAAGUGGCGAUGAAAAAAGCCACUAUCCCGCUGGCGUGUAAAAUAUUUCGCAUACCACAUGACGAUGUACGGAAAGCACGACAACGCAUGGAAGUUGAGCUUCCCUAUCGCUAUAUUACGUACGGAACGGUUGGCUUCUCCCUCAUGUUUGUUGUUCCUUGCCUCUUCCAUUUCAUUGGUCUUUCUUGA